GGAGGAGCUGGCAGUGAGCCGUGGGCCGCGCUGGUCUCAGCCAGAUUUCCCAGCCAAACGCGGGAGGAGAGAUGCCCUGGACCGUCCUGCUCUUUGCAGCCGGCUCCUUGGCUAUCCCAGCGCCAUCCAUCAUGCUGGUGCCCCCACAUCCCAGCAGCCAGGAGGACCCCAUCCACAUCUCAUGCAUGGCCCCCAGGGAUUUCCCGGGGGCGAAUUUCACACUGUAUCAAGGGAAGGAGGUGGUGCAGCUCCUGCAGGCCCCCGCGGACCAGCUCGAGGUCAUCUUCAACCUGAGUGGUGGCAGCAGGGAGGUUCCAGGGGGACCAUUCUGCUGCCAGUAUGGCGUGCUCGGCGAGCACAGGCAGCCUCAACUGUCGAACCUCAGUGAGCCCAUGCACGUCUCCUUCCCAGUGCCCACCUGGAUCCUGGCACUCUCCUUGAGCCUGGCUGGAUCCUUCCUCCUCCUCGCUGGGCUGGUGACCACUGCCUUGGUCAUCAGGAAAGUUAAAGUAAAAAACUUGCAGAAGAAACGGGAGCGAGAAUCCUGCUGGGCCCAGGUUGACUUCGCCACCACAGACAUGUCCUUCGAUAACUCCCUGUUUACCAUCUCCAAAAUGACUUCAGAAGAAGACGCAGCCACCCAGGAUGCUCCCUCAGGCUCUGCUGUGACACCUGGCAACUCUGGGACCCGGAAGAGGCCCACCUCCACGUCAUCCUCACCCGACCCCCCAGAAUUCAGCACAUUCCGGGCCUGCUAGGGGAGCCCUUCCCUCUAUCUGCGUGCCCUCCGUUCAGCCCUCCCCCUUGCGCUGGCUGGGCUUUGUAGGGUCUCAGUUCCCUCCAGUUACUUUGGGGACUUCUGGCUGCUGCUUCCUCAGGGCAGUGAACAGAGGAAAUGAAGGGGACCCCCUGGCCUUGGGACCUUCCUCGCAGAGGAGCAGGAGUGGGAGAGGGGAUGCAAGCAUCAGCCUGGAGGCUGGACAGAAAGCAGGAAGCCUCUCUGGAUUGCCAGCUUUUCAGACCACCACGGAAGGAGCUGUUAGGAUCCCUCAGCUGGGCCAUUAUGAAGUCUGAGCUCUCCACACACCCCUCCGCUUUCCUUCGUCCCAUGCCACACCUGACUUGGGUUUUUGGAGCAUAGGGUACCUGGGGGUUAU